AUGGCUUGGGUACAUGAACCUCCAUUUUUAAGGGGGCAAACUAAGCAUACAAUGCAAUUAAGUCCAAUUAAAGUAGUCAAAGCUCCAGAUGGUACCCUAAACCGUGCCGCUCUUGCAGGUGCCUCAUUAGCGAAGGAGCGAAGAGAAUUACGUACGCAGCAAGCGAAUGCAGAAUUAGAUUCAGUCCCAAAAGAUAUAAAUAUCCCUUGGUUAGAUCCGAUGCCUGAACCAGGUGAACGUCAUUUUGCUCAAGAUUUAAGAGGAAUUGCUGCUGGUCGCAAGGCUGGUGAAGUACCCGAAUGGAAACGAGAAACUUUCAAUAAAGCAACCAGUUUUGGCAAGGUCACAUCAUUAUCCAUUCAAGAACAACGACAGAGCUUACCUAUAUAUAAAAUGCGUACACAACUGAUUAGUGCUAUUAAAGAGAAUCAACAACUAAUUAUAGUAGGUGAUACGGGGUCAGGAAAAACAACACAAAUGACACAAUACCUUGUUGAAGAAGGAUUCGCAGCUCGUGGCAAAAUCGGAUGCACUCAGCCUCGUCGUGUUGCCGCAAUGUCAGUGGCGAAACGUGUAGCUGAAGAAGUCGGUUGUCGAUUGGGAGAAGAAGUCGGUUAUACCAUUCGUUUUGAGGACUGUACUAGUCCAAAUACACAAAUUAAAUAUAUGACUGAUGGUACAUUACUCAGAGAAUGUUUACUGGAUCCUAAUUUAACCCAAUAUUCUGUUAUUAUUUUGGAUGAGGCACACGAAAGGACUAUAAACACAGAUGUGUUAUUUGGUUUACUUAAAAAAACUCUUAAGAAUCGACCAGAACUUAGAGUAAUUGUUACUUCAGCUACAUUGAAUGCUGAAAAAUUUUCAAAAUACUUCUAUAAUUGUAUGAUUUUCACUAUUCCUGGCCAAAACUUCCCGGUCGAGGUUCUCUACACCAAAGAACCAGAAACUGAUUAUUUGGAUGCUGCAUUGAUUACCGUCAUGCAAAUUCACCUUUCAGAACCACCAGGUGAUAUUCUUCUUUUUUUAACGGGUCAGGAAGAGAUUGACACAGCGUGUGAAAUUCUUUACGAGCGUAUGAAAGCCCUCGGCCCACAAGUUCCAGAUCUAGUGAUAUUGCCAGUGUAUUCCGCUUUACCAAGUGAAAUGCAAUCCCGUAUUUUUGAACCUGCACCUCCUGGCAGUCGUAAAGUAGUUAUAGCGACAAAUAUAGCAGAAACUUCAAUCACUAUUGAUGGUAUCUACUAUGUUGUAGAUCCAGGGUUUGUAAAACAAAAUGCAUAUGAUGCUAAAGUCGGAAUGGAUUCUCUUAUUGUGACUCCUAUCUCUCAAGCACAAGCAAGACAGCGCUCUGGCCGUGCAGGUCGUACAGGACCUGGAAAAUGUUAUCGACUUUACACGGAGGCUGCAUAUAGGAAUGAAAUGCUUCCAAAUCCAGUACCUGAAAUUCAGCGAACAAAUCUCGCCCAUACCGUGUUAACACUCAAAGCUAUGGGAAUUAACGACUUAUUACAUUUUGAUUUCAUGGACCCUCCACCUGUUCAAACACUUCUUACUGCGUUAGAACAGCUUUAUGCUCUUUCCGCCUUGGAUGAUGAAGGCCUGUUGACAAGAUUGGGUCGUAAAAUGGCAGAAUUUCCUUUGGAACCGCCACUAUCAAAGAUGUUGAUUCUUGCAGUUGAUCUUGGUUGUUCUGAUGAGAUUCUUACAAUAGUCGCGAUGCUUUCUGUUCAAAACGUCUUUUAUAGGCCUAAAGAAAAGCAAGCCAUUGCUGACCAAAAGAAAGCAAAAUUUCAUCAACCUGAAGGGGAUCAUCUAACUCUUUUGACUGUCUAUAAUGCAUGGAAAGCUAGUAAAUUUUCGAAUGCUUGGUGUUUUGAAAAUUUCAUUCAAGGGCGAAGCAUGAAACGGUGUCAAGAUAUUCGCAAACAAUUAUUGGGUAUCAUGGAUCGAUAUAAACAAGACAUUAUUUCGUGUGGUAGAAAUUAUAACAAAGUUCGUAGAGCAAUUUGUGGUGGAUUUUUCCGUCAUGCAGCAAAAAAAGAUCCCCAAGAAGGUUACAAGACAUUAGUUGAAGGAACUCCGGUGUAUAUACAUCCUUCCAGUGCAUUAUUUAAUAAGGGCCCAGAAUGGGUUAUAUAUCACGAACUAGUGAUGACAACUAAAGAAUAUAUGAGAGAAAUCACUGCUAUUGAACCCAAGUGGCUCACUGAAGCUGCACCUACGUUCUUCAAGGUUGCUGAUGCAAAUACAAUCAGUAAACGCAAACGAGGUGAAAAGAUCCAACCAUUAUACAACAAAUACGAGAAACCAAAUGAAUGGAGAUUAAGUCGUGUUAAAAGACAUCAAAGAGUUUCGCAAACAUUCGGUUAA